AUGUUUUCGGUUACUGAAACUACUAAAGGUAAACAAUGUUUAUUAUUUGAUGAAUAUCGUUAUCAUCGUGAACGAAUUCGUAAUACUACUACUUAUUGGCGGUGUGAACGUAUUGGUGAUUGUCGUGGACGUGUUAUCCAAAGAGGUGAUGAUUUACCUAUUGUCACAUCACCACACAAUCAUGAUCCGGACAAAAUACGAAAUGAAAUCGAACAAUUUAAAACAGGCCUGAAAAAAAGUAUACGUGAAACACAAACACCUAUCAAAAAAAUAUAUCGUUCUGAACUUAUUAAACGAUAUUCAAGUAGUCCGGAUGAUGUUUGUGAAUUACCUAUGUAUCAUCAAAUAAAAAAUUCUUUAUACCGGAUAAAGAAUGAAAAUUAUCCAAGUGUUCCAGAAUCUAUUAAUGAAUUUGUCCUUGAAGGUAAAUGGCGUAUGUCAUUAGACAACCAGGAUUUUAUUAUUAUCGACCACCAUAAUCCUCGAUUCAUUACUUUUGGUACAGCACAAUCAUUACAAGAUUUAUGUGCAGCUGAUCAUUUAUUCAUGGAUGGAACUUUCAAAUCAUGCCCAUCAGUAUUCGGCCAACUAUAUACCAUUCAUAUUGAUUCAUCUGCUUCGAAUGGUACAGUACCAGUUCUUUAUUCUUUUUUACCAAAAAAAACCAAGUCAAUUUAUACAUUAUUAUUUAAUGAAUUAAGAACCAUUACUCUCCAACAUGAUUUAGUUUUAAAUCCAAAAUUCAUUACGAUUGACUUCGAGAAAGGUGCAAUUGCAGCUCUAAAAAAUGUAUUUCCUAAUUCAAAAAUUAAAGGUUGUAAUUUCCACUACAACCAAUGUAUUUUCAGAAAAAUUCAAGAAAUUGGACUACAACAAGAUUAUUAUAAUUCAUCGAACGAUGAUCCAACCAGUGUAAAACGUUUAGUACAAGAAACUGGAGCUUUAGCUUUUAUGCCUAUUCAAGAGGUCAAUGAAUUAUGGUGCAAAAUUAUGGAUAAAUUUGAACAUAUACCACGUUCACAAGAUUUCUUUGAUUAUUUUACUGAAACAUGGAUUGAAAAUGGAUGUUUAUUUCCAAGAUGUCUAUGGAAUUAUUACAAAUUCAAUGGUGCCAGAACUAAUAAUGGUUGUGAAGGAUGGCAUCAUCGACUUAAUUCAAAUAUUAACAGUUCGAAUCCAAAUUUAUAUCAAGUUAUUGAUGAAUUAAAACGAGAUUAUGCCUUCAACAUGGCCACAAUCAAACAACUUACUAGUAGUACAAGCAAACCUCGACGAAAUCCAAAAUUUGUUCAUCGAAACCAACGAAUUAUUGAUUUGAUGAAUCGUUAUGAAGAAGGUCGUUUGCCAUUAACUGAAUACUUCGAUAAAAUUAGUCAAACGAUUGGUAAAAAAUCACAAUAA